AUUUGGAGGUAGAGUUUGAGUGAAGGUCGGACAGGUACGGAAACAGAAAUAAAUAUGUUUUUCAACAAGUCACGAUCGGCCCCUGGUGGCAACAUGAUGCAGAAUUACAUGGAGAAACAGAUGACAACUCUUCAUAAUUCCAGUUCCUCCUCUGUCACCAACUACAAAGACAAGGUCUUUGCCUUCCUCAGUGGUGUCAUCUUCAUCACUAUACUUCCAUAUAUCCACAUAGGUAUUAUCCAUCUGAAAAUCUGGGUACCUGGGAAACCAAAGGUGGACAAGAACAAGUGCACAUGUUCCUGCUUCGAUACUGUAUUCAGAGGACAGUAUGAGGACCCUGGGCCAACAACAUACAAACAUGUCUACUUUAAUGCUACCUGGCAAACAAUGCGUAUCUGGCUGUUCACAGUGAUCUUCAUACUUCUGGCUUACGAGAGUAUCAAAUAUCUUAUUCCAUUGAUUCGGAGAGGCAAUCUGCGACAUGCAAUGUUCGUAUUGUAUUUAGUGAACUUGUAUCCUCAUUAUUACUCGUGGUGGUCCUACUUCAGCUACUACAACGAGGACUUCUACGACUACUACAAACAUCAUAUGUUGUUCACUAUCACUGAAGUCAUCGCUACCUGCCUUGUGUUAAACCUGUGUGAUAUUCGUAAUGAGAUCAUUUCCUGGAAGAUACUAGCAAUUGUCAGUAUUAACUUGAUGCACAUAUCAGUUGAAGGUUCUGAUCAAUUUAUACAACACGUAAUUUAUCGUAGAGGAUCUCAUUUCCAAAAUGCCAGAAACAUCGGCCUCAUGAUUCCUGAUCUGUUACAUGUUUUCAUUCCAUUGUAUUUACUCUAUAAGUAUGCAAAAUCAAAAGAGUUGAAGCUUUCAGAAAUUUGUUACAAAGAGGAAUUGUUCAUGUGUAUUGUAUUUAUUUCAUUUGGUACUUUAAUUGGGCGGUUGAUGUAAUAUAUACCUAGGUAUGUUGGAAAUAAGUAAAUGAAGCAUGUAAUGUCAAGUUGUACCUUCUACGCAAGACAUAAGCAUACUAUGCAAGCCCUGUAUUUCAAAUUAAAUUACCCUUCCUUUGGUAUAUUUCAUCCGAGAGAUGUUACGAUAUUGCUUAUUCCAAAUCUAGUCUGAAACUUACUUUUUAAGGAAAGAAAGACUUUUUUUGUAUGAAUAAUGUUGGUGACACCCUAGAGAAGGGACGGGCUGAGCCCAUUAUAUGAAAACAAGACAUUUUGAUUUAAAACACUACUACUGGCGUUUAUGAGUUGAACUUUAUUUAGCCUGAAAGAAGAGAUGUUUGUUAUUUAGUAAUUGAAUUAGAUGAUCCAACUGUUUUAAAAACAGUUAUUCCUGAACACAUUUGAGAAAUUCUACAAAGUUAUUUCUGAAACAUCUGUAAGGAAGAUUAGCAAUAUUUUGUGUUAAGGAAGUUGUGAACGACUUCGGGAAUAUUAGUUGUUUUGAUUUAAAACACUACAUCACCUGAAUACUGUGAGGGAUAAUUAUGUUAUGUUAUAUGUAAAUUUGAUUGGAGUCAGGACUCCUGGGGUAGGAGGGGUUGAGAUGAUUAAGGAGAAACUAGUAUUUUAAUACACCUAACUUCCCUAAUGCAUUGGUGAAUUUAAGCAAAGCUUGGUUUGGCAUACCAUUGAUUAUUUGUGACUGUAAAGUUGUUAACAUGUCCUGAAUGGGUGGGAUGCAACUUAUAAAAGGGAAAUCAAAGGUUGUUUUCUUGAAAGACAGGACUUCCUGAAUGCUUUGUCAUGUUUGAACAAAUGUAGUCUGAAAACUUGUGAUAUUUUGUUUAAACAAAAAUGGUAGUUUAAUACCAUUCUUGCAAAGGAUUGUCAGGGUUGGGCAUUUUUUUUAAUGAAAACUUCCUAUGAUGAGGCGGAUCAUAUUUUGUUUGAUGAAAUCUGAAAAGGUAGUCUUAAGAAUUUGCAACUUAAUUCAUUAUUUAGCUAUACUAUAGGGUCCUGAAGGGUCAGAAUGACCUAUAGACAUUGUUUCGUCCGUCAUGGGCCAUUCGUAAACAAUUUUUUCUCAAUAUCCAAAAAGCCAAUGAUGCUGAUUUUGAGUGUGUAGUAUGCUAUGAUGAAGGGCUACUAAAUGUGUUCAAAUGAAUGACCUCAACCCACUUUCAAGGCCACAGGGGUGAAAUGUGUUUAAAUGUUAAAAAAACAUACAUAACUAAAAGCCAAGGGUGACUGGGGUUAGGCCUGUAGCAUACUGGGAUAGAGUACUACCAAGUUUGUUCUAAUGAAUAACCUUGAUCCACUGUAAAGGUCAGUGGUCUAACAUGUUAAAGUCUUCAAACAUCUUAAGAACAAAAUGUCAAAGAUGUUUGUUUACUUUUCGAAAACAAAAUCACAGAAAUCAUAUAUACAUUAGUAUUCUCAAUGAAAUUGGCUGUCAAGGUCAAAAGGAGCAUUUAAUUCUGACCAUCUCGUGUAAAACCAAAUAUGUCUACAUUUUACUAUUUAACAUCUUUAUCAUAAUGUAAUAAAGUGUUGUGUUCUUAAGUAGAAAAUGCUCUUGUUAUCGAAACUUAUUUUACCAUAAGUGUUAAAAGAGUAAUUCUGCA